GUGAAUUUCAUUUUUAUUAAUUGGAGAUAAGACUGUCAUCACAACUUCAAAACUAUAAAUAGAGAGUUACUUUCACAAGAUAGACUCAAUCCAUUGAUCAACAUAAACGAAAAAGAAAGAAAAUAAAAACACACAAACAUAUACAACAAAGAUGGGUAAGAAUUUGAGCAUGAUGUUGAUGAUGGUGAUGAUAAUAUCGGCGAUUGUGAUCGGAGGUGAAGCAAAAUCGGAGGUCGAAUGCAGUAUUUUGUGUCGUCCCCAUUGUAAAAGCUCAUCAUCAGCCGGGGAAUGUUCUGACUGUCACAGAAAAUGUGACCAAUCUCCACCAUCUGUGAAGAAACAGAUUCUUAAGAACCAGCACAUGAGCAAAAAUAUAUGAUCUACUUGACUAAUUUAUAACAUAUAUGAUGAUUGUAUGAGUGUAUCGAUGGACACUUUAGUCCAAUUGUUCUUGCUUAUGUACUUCUAUAUUAUCUUUUAAUAAUAAGAAGAGAAACUACAUCCUUAUUCUCAGUCUUAUGCUCAUAUUGGUGAAUAAAACAAUUUAAAUAUAAACAUAACUAGUUAAUUGGCGGAA